AUGACUCGCAAGAAAUCUGAUGGAAAUUUUGUUUCUGAUAAAGCUAAAAAGCAUGCGGAUGAACUUACAAUUUUACUGACUCAAAAUUUAUCAACGCAAGUCUCACACAACGUCACAGCUUGUUUGGAUGAUGAAUAUUCUCGAGUGUUUGGUCCGGAACGUUCAGGGAGAGUACGUUGUGUUGGUCGAGGACCUACACCUUCAAAAUUAGCCAAACAAUGCACUGCAGCACGAUUUGAGGCUAAUAAUGUUGAAGUAGUUCAAAUGAAGACGAAGAUGACAUCAUUGGAAAAUCAAGUUGAAAGUUUGACUGGAAUUAUUCAACAACUGCUGAAUACAAAAAGCAACGAUCCGGUUGAUCACUAA